AUGAGCGACUGGACAAAACGUCUCCAGCGUGUGCAAGCGGAGAUGCCACGUCCGGAGACCGAGGACAUCGACCACAUGACUCUCGAGAUGCUUCUGACAGAGAGGGUGCGAUUCGGGAAGGCCCAUCAGGGGAAGUCAUAUGCAGAAGUCUGGGAAUCGGCACCGGACUGGAUUCGCUGGUUCCUGGGGCAUUAUCAGGAAAGCAAAGAUGUGGAACACAAGAAGAUGAUUCGAUUCAUCAAGCUCAGGAUCGAGGAGACCGAGACCAGCGGGGGAGAAGUUCCACAACCAGCCCCAGUGAAGGCCAAAGCCAAGGCCGCUCCGAAGAUCUUGGCAGCUUCCACAAAGAGCCGCCCAGCGCCUCACCCAGAUGCAUGUCCCGAAGAGCCAGUCAAUGCCGAGAUGAGCAGCCUGCAAGCUCGAAUGACCAGCCUCGAGCAUGCGCUGCAUCAGAUCUUGGUCCACCUGACGCCCAAUGUGCCAGCAGAUCCAGUGCCGUCGACUAUGGACGACGACCUCCCGGUGCUCCCUCUGGCAUCCGAAUGGGAGGAAUGCAUGACCAUCAGGCCAUCGAAGGUUCAACCAGAGUGCAUGGCCAUGGAAUUGCGAGAUCCGAAUUUUCUGAAAGGUAUCCACGGAAGUUUGCACGCCUGGUUGCAAAGUGAAUCGAAGGGCAAGCUCAACAGGUUCUUGUCCUUGCCUCGCGAAGAGCAGGCGAUGCUCAUGGAAUUGCAUUCAGAAGAAGUCUGGCGCUCCGUGAAAGAGCGCGUGUGGCAUUUCAUGAGGAUACCAGUGACGAUGACCUUGUCACAACGCAUCUCCUGUGUUGUGAAGAUGAAGUCAUGCCAAUCGACCCGAAUGCGAUCCCUUGCGCUUGGAGGAUUUUGCGGACAAAGCUCGCACCAGAGCAAAUUCUACGAUGCCGUUGGUUCUUUCGAUAUCAAAGCAGCCUUUCUCCAGGGAAAGCCCCAAAAGGAUCGUAUCAUAGGACUUGACCCGGUUGUGGAGUUGGCCAAGGCAAUGAGUUUGAAGACAGGAACCCCAAAGAUCAGAUACUAUCAGGUGUACUCGGAAUUCAUGUGGAUGACGGCAACCGCCCUCUCAUCUACGCUGGAUCAGCUCACAUGGAUCCGUGUCUAUUGGGCCUGGCUUAUCGAUCCUAAGAUCGCAUGGCAGAAGCCGGAGACCGUCAAGACACUUCCAGAAGCUUUGACCGUUCCGACGCUGAAAGCCGAGGACAAGGCCUUCAGCUCAGUUUUGCCAACCGGCGAACCUCCGCAGAAAACACAGGCUCAGGGCAGCCCAUAG